UCGUCUGAGAUUGAACAUUAAUUAAAAUAUAGAACUCGUGGCAAAACAAGGUUUUUAUUCCAGUUACAGAUUUGAGAUAAAAUGGCGCUCAGGCUUCGUGUCUUGGGGCGAAAAAUUCGGGAGAAUUUAGCUGUUUUUGUCGUAGCAUUCUUUCUCGGUAUUGCUUUUGGGUUACUUAUCUUGUGCAGUCCGGAGACGCCUAAAGUUAAGGAAGAGAAACCCACUGAUAUCAGAGUUACAUCCGUGCCUGUACCAGAAGAACUAGUCUCGACACAGGUGACAGAAGUGAUGGAAAUAACCCAGGAGCCAACCGAGCCGACCGAGAAGAAAACUGAAAAACCAACAAGAAAGAUCGAACCAUAUCCUCCUCUAUUGAAGAAAAAAGGGUUUACCAUAACUCCACAGGACUGUCCAGAAGAUUUAUUCCUUCUUAUUAUUGUCGUAACUUCCAGUCGGAAUUUUCAAGCUCGUAAAGCUAUCCGUAAAUCAUGGGGCGAAGAUAACUCGAAGAAAAACGAGACCAGUAACGAGAGCUUUCGGGUGGUUUACGUCGUCGGUUCGGAUGACGAUCACGAUCGGCUCGUCAAAAGAGAAUCGAAAAGAUAUAAGGAUAUCCUACGUGGAGGUUUCAAAGAUUUCUAUCUUAAGAAUGAAGGGCAUUCGGUUAAGGUAUUAUUUGGUCUAAAAUGGGCUACCACAGCUUGCAAGGCUAAAUUUGUUCUCAAAGCGACAGACGAAAGUUUCGUCAACACCGAUGAGUUAAUUUCGUUUUUAAGAAAGAAGAACGAAGAUGCCAACGAGGGACUUUAUUUAGGGUUCUGUCAUGGACAUGACGUAGGAGGGGCCAAAGUUGUGCGGAACGAAAAGAGCCCGUGGUACAUUUCUGAAGAGGAAUGGCCAGAGAAUCGUCUUCCUCCCUACGCGUCGGGUAUGGGGAUUACCAUAUCUUAUGAUGUCGUGGAGAAGAUCGUAGAUUUGUCAGUUAAGGAAAAACUGAUCCAUAUAGAUGACGUUUAUCUCGGCAUAAUGGCUAAUAAACUCUCACUACAAUGUAUGGACGAAUCAAACAAAUUCGAUACCUCUUACACUACAAUGUUGACUGAAUGUGAAGACAUGAACUUCUGCGUUCUUGGCGGAGUUCCUCCUAGGGAUAUGUAUUAUCUUACUCAAAACGUCAAAAACUUGAAAGAUAUUUGUUGAUAACAAAUUUCAAAAUCGAGGUAACUUUGCGGUCCCAAAAUGAUGUAGUGGCAGACGUUACGGUUAAUGACCCAUGAGCCUCGCUUGCAUGCCCUCAAAGACAAAGACGUUUUUGACUUCAAGCACAUCUGUCGUUAUAUCUAUUUCUCUAAGACACGGAAAUUCCGGCAAGCAGAGAACAUUUGAUCAUAAAGUCGAUAUUUCUAAGAAGUUCCAGUUCUUUGUAUCCAUAAGAACAACUUUUUCCUUAAAAAUAAAGAAUCCCUGGAAUGCACUCUAGGAUAGGCCCCAAAAAAAUUCCACAAACAUUUUAUUGUUAUUGGAUAGAUAUUUCGUUUCCGGUACUAUAGAAGAAAAAAAACAGAUGAAAUUAAGUAGCUACAGUUGUUGAUUUUGAAGAUUUUUUGCGCGGCAUACAAUUAUGGAAAUACCAAAUUGUAUACCAGAGCUGAAAGAAGCGAGAAUGAGAGACAAACUAUUGCUAGCCUAUAAAGCCUUUAUUAUCAGAAUUAACUUGACUAUAUUAAAAGUUAGCCCCUAAAUAAUAACAUUUAGCAGUGGUAUGUCUCCACAGAGUAACUCUGCCUGUGGGCUUAUUUUUUCCCCAGUCCUCAUUGGUUURGAGGCUUGUUAGAAUGUGGGCUUAAUCAUUAAAGGCUGAGGGCUUAAUGAAUUUUCCAGAUCAUUGCAAAUUURUAAUUUUUUAUUUAUAAUGUCAACAGGGAAAAUGACUUU